UCAAAUUAAAUCUUACUCUGUGCGGUGUGUGCAUACGGAGAAGUAUUAUUAAACGAUAAAAUAUAACUAUUGCGUUAAAAAAUAAUGAAAUUGUGAUCGACAUAAUGAAGUGUUGACCCCGAUCGAUGACUUAUUGUGAUACUUAUUGGUGAUUAUCGUCGUGUGAGUUAGCUGAUUGUUUGAUUGUCAUCUCAUUUGAAAAACAGAUACAGAGAAACUUGAAACGGUAACUCGAAGAUAGGUAACAUACAUUGCAUAAUAUAAUAAUGCCCUUGAGGUUGUAUGUAUUCUAAAAUGUAAAACGUAGCAGUAUCGUUAGAAGACUUUGAAAAAUGAAAAUUAGAUGAAAAAGAUAAUUGAAAUCUUACUUCCUGAUUUCUAAUGUAUUACUUUUAAUUUUUCCCUCUGAGUUCUUCGUUGUAAUACAAUCAUUUGUAAUACUUCAACGUAUCUAAACAGAAGAAGGAACUCCUACGGUAUUAUUUCAUUGCAAGAAAUCUCGGUUUCUUCUUAUUUCUUUUUUUACUUUUAUGUUUCUGUUUUUUAUUUUGUAAUAAUUUAUUAUCAUGGUUGAGAAUAUCAUCCCUUUAAUUGUAUCCACCUGUUACAUUGUAUUGACGAGUUUAAUCGCAUAUUGGAUGAGAAGAUAUGUCAAUUAUUAUAUAAAAGAACCUUUGAUACAAUCCUUGUUUCUCGAAGGAAUAGCAACAGCUGAAUUAUGCGGUGCCUGUUUUGAACUCAUUAUAAUUGCAGAUAAUUGGGGAGUAUCCAUGUAUGCGAUAUAUUUAUUCAUUUUAACGAUUUGGUGGAGUUUGAAUUGGGGCGAUGCCAGUGCCUGUCCUUAUACGCAUCUCGAAGAAGCAGUGGAAGGAAAGAAAUCUUUACGUGUAGCCUUUCUCUUAAUAUGGGCAGAACUUAUCGGUGGUCUCGUUGUAUUUAGAUAUAUACAAUUGUUGUGGGCGUUAGAAAUCGUUCCUACGCACAAAAAUAAAGCUUUUGAAGAUUGCACUACGGACUUGCAGGUGCCAGUUAUAUUCGGUGCAGUUGUAGAAUGCGUAGCAACAUGUAUAUGCAGAGUAGUAUCCCGUGGAUUAAGCAACCUGAAUUCAAUCUUUGGUAUCAUCAUUGAUUCUUUCAUUGGAACUUCUUUAGUAGUCGCAGCAUUCAAUUAUUCCGGUGGCUACUUCAAUCCUGCAUUGGCUACAUCGUUGAAAUAUGGUUGUUUAGGAACUUCUUUUAUGGAACAUGUAAUUGUUUAUUGGGUUGGAGCUUGUGCAGGUUCUAUCGCUUCUGUGAGAAUAUACAACAUGCCUUUUAUUCAAAAUUUUAUCAAUGGAAGAAAGGAAAAAGCUUCUUAAGAAAAAGAUUCUCGACGGAUCUACCAAACGUCAUAUUCUUCCUUUUUUAAUUUUGUGUUUAUUCGCGUUGGUUGGUACCUUAAUAUUAAUAUUUCUUUUCUUUUUCCCUACGGUAGUUUGUGGAAUAACGUUAGAAGUUAGGUUUAAAAAAUUGAAACAGAUAAAUAUGCGAACAAAAGAAACGCACACAUUUUAUUGUUCAAAACGAUGUAUAUAAAUCGCGUAGUAUAAUAAAUUAAGUACUAUUCCAAAGUAAA